UUUGUUUGGGGCGGAUCAGCAGGAGCAGCGGCGGCCGCAAAAGGAAGGGCCUCCAUAGCAGAUCUCCAGUGGAUCCCGCGUGGGAUCGGAAAAGGGGAUCAUGCUGGGCCCCAGGACUUUGCUGCGGGGAGCCUUGGCGGCGGCGCGGGGACUCCCUGGCCAGGUUUCAUCAUCUUUUGCUACUGGGCCCAGACAACAUGAUGGCACAUUCUAUGAAUUCCGUACCUAUACUGUUAAGCCAAGCAAGAUGAAAGAGUUUCUGGAUCUGACUAAUAAAAACAUCCACCUCCGCACAGCUCAUUCUCCCCUGGUUGGCUAUUGGACUUUGGAGUUGGGAGGACUGAACAAAACGUUCCAUAUUUGGAAAUACGAAAGCUUUGCUCAAAGAACUGCCGUCCGGACAGCAUUAGCCAAUGACCAAGCCUGGAAAGAAAAAUAUUUGUCUCAAAUGUUGCCCAUGUUAGACAAACAAGAAAAUGAGAUUGCCUACCUAGUGCCCUGGUGUGAACUUGGCAGCUCUGAAAAGGAUGGAGUCUAUGAGUUGGUUACCUUUAACAUGAAACCUGGUGGACCAGCAGUAUGGGGACAGUCCUUUAAAGCGGCAAUUAAUGCUCAUGUGAAGACCGGAUACACUAAGCUGAUUGGUGUCUUCCAUACAGAAUAUGGAAAUCUUAACAGAGUUCAUGUGCUGUGGUGGAGCGAGAGUCCAGACAGUCGGGCAUCCGGAAGACACUAUGCACACGAGGAUCCGAGAGUAGUCGCUGCUGUUCGCGAAAGUGUUCAGUUCCUGGAAUCUCAGCAGAACUGCCUCCUGGUGCCUACUGCAUUCUCACCUCUAAAAUAGUAUUUUUUGGUACAUAUUAACAGGGAAUUUAUAAAGUACUUUUCUACUGUACUGUUGGGUGAGUCUGAGUGCUGUCAUAACCCAGCUGUUUACAAAAUUUGCUCCAAAUACAACCUAUGUCCUCUAUUUUUGCUUGCAAUAGUUGGUUGUUGAUUGCAUGGUGACCAUGGUGUGGGGCACUAAUUGAGAAUCCAGAGGUUAUUGAAUCAUGAAUAAGCUGGCUUCAGUACUUUUUUUUUCUGGAUGUCUGUGAAGUUUCAAGAUUUGCAAGGGGAAAAAGACAGUGCUAUUAAAUACUAAAAGGCUGAAAAAAGGCAGAGAGAUUAUUUUUCAUGGAGUACACAUGUUAAUCUUGCUGUCUGGUCAAAAUCUUUCCAGAGGGAUCUGAAAUGAUACAAGCAUGGGAAAUGGAAUACACAUACUAAACACUCAUUCCUUUUUCAAAGUGUCUUUAGUGAUCUAAAUAACACUUUUCAGUCUUUAUCGGAAAGGGCUCUGUUGCUUUAAAAGCCUAUAUCAACCCAAGAGAGAUAUUUAAAAGCGGAACAGUUCCUUCACCAUCUUAAGCCAUAUUUUAAAUUUUGUAUGAAGUAUCUGGCAGUUGUUAGACUAAAACUACCUCUGCAGUACACUUUCAGCUGUGGUUCAGCAAACCACAUUGAAGAUAUCAUAAGGAUAACCUGUUUCUCCUUGUUAAGAAUUGGUUUUAUGCAAUAUGGAGACUCUGGGCCCUUCCACACAGCCCUAUAUCUCAGAAUAUCAAGGCAGAAAAUCCCACAAUAUCUGCUUUGAACUGGGUUAUCUGAGUCCACACUCAGAUAAUGUGGGAUUUUCUGCUUUGAUAUGCUGGGAUAUAGGGCUGUGUGGAAGGGCCCUCAGUUGUCAGGUUUGUUUAGGGUCCGAGCAAAUGUGCGGGCAUUUUCUUCAUUUUUCAAUGCAUGGUCCAGGCACAUCAUUCCAGGCAUAUAGUAUUAACUCUGACUUGUUACAAUCCUGAAACUGUGAAUUGAUUGGGUUGCUGUGAGUUUUCUGGGCUGUUGGACCAUGUUCCAGAAGCAUUCCCUCAUGACAUUUUGCCCACAUCUAUGGCAGGCAUCCUCAGAGGUUGUGAUAUAUAUUGGAAAACUAGAUAAGGAAGGUUUAUAUAUCUUUGGAAGGUCCAGGGUGGGAGACAGAACUCCCAACAGAGGAUUCCCCCAGGCAGGAAGCACCCAGGCUUUGAUGCUGCAAGGCCAUUUACUGCUAAUCAGUGUGGCAGUCACAACAUUCACACUUGCCUCAAACAGACAAUUCUCCCACCCUGAACAUUCUACAGAUAUAUAUACCCCCUUGCCUAGUUUCCAAUAGACCUCACAACCGCUGAAGAUGCCUGCCAUAGAUCUGGGUGAAAUGUCAGGAGAUAAUGCUUCUGGAAUAUGGUCCUACAGCCCAGAAAACUCACAGCAACCCAGUGAUUCCUGCCAUGAAAGCCUUCAGCAGCACAUGUGAAUAGAUUGAUUAUUUCUGAGCUGCUGAUGCACACUGCAUUAUUAAGCAUGUAUAUUCUUGCAUGUUUGGAACGGCCACAAAGAAAAACAAUUCCGAGAAUGUACUGUGAAAAUGUAUAUAUUAAAAAAAGCUUUUCAAGUAUA